CGCCUCUCCUUCUUCCGCGGCGUCAACGGCGCCAGCCACAGCGCGAGCGACGAGCCAGAGAGAGAGCGCGAUCCCCUGCGCUGCCUGCAGCCUGAGCCUUGGGCCGGCCGGCUAGCCAGUGCGCGUGCGCGGCGGCGGCCUCCGCGGCGACCCGGGAGCAGACAGGAGGGCGGGCGAACAAACGAGCAGGGCGCGAGGCGAGGCCGAGCCACGAGCGACAUGGGGGACCGGGAGCAGCUGCUGCAGCGGGCGCGGCUGGCAGAGCAGGCGGAGCGCUACGACGACAUGGCCUCUGCCAUGAAGGCGGUGACAGAACUCAAUGAACCGCUUUCUAACGAAGAUCGAAACCUCCUCUCUGUGGCCUACAAGAAUGUGGUUGGUGCCCGGCGAUCUUCCUGGAGGGUCAUCAUCAGCAUUGAGCAAAAAACCAUGGCUGAUGGAAAUGAAAAGAAAUUGGAGAAAGUUAAAGCUUACCGGGAGAAGAUUGAGAAGGAGCUGGAAACGGUGUGCAAUGAUGUGCUGGCUCUGCUUGACAAGUUCCUCAUCAAGAACUGCAAUGAUUUCCAGUAUGAGAGCAAGGUAUUUUACCUGAAAAUGAAAGGUGAUUACUACCGCUACUUGGCAGAGGUAGCUUCCGGGGAGAAGAAAAACAGUGUGGUUGAAGCUUCUGAGGCGGCCUACAAGGAAGCCUUUGAAAUCAGCAAGGAGCACAUGCAGCCGACGCACCCCAUCCGGCUGGGCCUGGCCCUCAACUUCUCUGUGUUCUACUACGAGAUUCAGAAUGCGCCCGAGCAGGCCUGCCUCUUAGCCAAACAAGCCUUUGAUGAUGCCAUAGCUGAGCUGGACACACUAAAUGAGGAUUCCUAUAAGGACUCCACGCUCAUCAUGCAGUUGCUGCGAGACAACCUCACCCUCUGGACAAGCGACCAGCAGGAUGAAGAAGCAGGAGAAGGCAACUGAAGAGCCUUCGGGUCCCUGGCCCUCCCUUCACCCACCACCCCCAUCAUCACCAAUUCUUCCUUGCCACAAUCACUUAAUAUCUAGUGCUAAACCUAUCUGUAUUGGCAGCACAGCUACUCAGAUCUGCUCUCCUGACCCUUGGGAAACAGGUUCAGAUAAAUCUUCAUGGGCAUUACUGAUGGUUGCUUUCAGCCCACAGGAGCUCCUGUUUCAAAUUGUGCAGACAAGUGUGUUCCGAAUGAGGCAUUUUACCGUGCCUAUUGAUCUGUGUGAAAUCCAGGCGAAAGCAAUGGGGAAGUUUAGAAAGGAGGAUUAGCCAAAACAGGCUACAAUGAUAUUUAAAUUAUCCAUUUAAAACAAGCUGAUAAUGUUUUGUUAAGCAGUACAUCUGUGCAUGCAAAAAUGAAUUCACCCCUCCCACCUCUUUCUUCAGCUAAUGGAAAACUGUUAAGGGAAGCUGAUACAAAGAGACCACUUGCUCCUUUCCAUCAGCUUUAUAAUAAACUGUUUAAAGUGAGGUUUCAGUAGCGCCUUGUUUUGCCUCUUUAAAUUAAUGAUGUGCACAAACCUUCUUUUCAGUGCAAUGCAUCUAACGUUUUGAUACCUGUAACUUUUUGUUGUUGUUGUUGUUGCGAUUGUUUAGAAUCAUGGAUUUAUUUUUUGUAACUCUUUGGCUAUUGUCCUUGUGUAUCCUGACAGCACCAUGUGUGUCAGCCCAUGUCAAUUAAGAUGGGUGAUUAUGAAAUGCCCGACUUCUAAAUUAAAUGUUUUGGAAUUCAAUGGGUAAAUAAAUGCUGCUUUGGGGAUAUUA